AUGACAGCGAGCACCAAAGAUCAGUCUCCGCAGCAUCCUCACCUCCGGCGCGAUGAUAAUAGCACUCAUCUAAUUGUCAAUGGAAAACCUUUUCUUAUGCUCGCUGGCGAGUUACACAACUCCUCUCUCAGCUCAGCCCGCUACAUGACCGAGGUGUGGCCAGCCAUGAAGGAACAGGCUAUCAACACAUUGCUCGGCGUUGUCUCUUGGGAGCAGAUUGAGCCCGCCGAGGGCGAAUUUGACUUUGCAGAGUUGGAUAAGGUCAUUCUCGACGCUCGUGGGCAUGGUAUACACCUUGUACUCUUGUGGUUUGGUGCAUACAAGAACGCUCUCAGCACCUACGUUCCUCCGUGGGUCAAGACAGACUCGAAGCGUUUUCCCCGGGUAUGCAGUAUCGAGGCGGGUGGCAAGCGAAAGAUUCUCGACGUCAUAACACCUUUUUCUAUGGAGUGUGCUGAGGCCGAUGCAAAGGCCUUUGGCAAACUCAUGUCCCACGUCAGGGAGCUUGACGAAUCCUACUCUACGGUACUGAUGGUCCAGGUCCAAAACGAGUCAGGAAUACUCGGCGACUCCAGAGAUAGAUCUCCUAUAGCUGAGGCGGCCUUUAAGCAACCAGUUCCAGAAGAGCUACUCCGCCACUUGGCCGACAACCCACACCCACGAUUUGCGAAGCGAUUUCCUACUAUCCCCAAAAGCGGACAGCACUCUUGGGAACAAGUAUUUGGGGCUGGACCGCCUGCAGACGAGAUGUUCAUGGCCUUUUACUUUUCCCGCUAUAUUGAAAAAGUUGCUGCGUCGGGCAAAUCCGCUUAUCCGUUGCCAUUCUAUGCUAAUGUCUGGCUCAACCUCGACUCACCAGCAGAUCUAGAUUCUGCCGUAGCUCCUUCCAUUGUUGCUUCAGUCGUCGUAGCUGGCGGCUCCGGACCGGGUGUAUACCCUUCUGGUGGACCUUGCGCCCAUGUUUCCGAUAUCUGGGGGUUUAAUGCACCUUCGUUGGACUUUCUCGCACCGGAUCUCUAUAUGCAGGACUACGAGACGGUUUGUAGAGAUUACACGGCUAAGGGCAAUCCGCUCUUCAUUCCGGAGCAGAGACGGGACAGGGAAGGUGGUCGCAGGAUGUGGCUGGCUUACGGAACAUAUGGCGCGCUCGGCGUGAGUCCAUUCGGCAUUGAUACCGGAGCUGAAGCCAUUGGUAGGGAGUACAAGGUCCUAGCCAAGGUCAAAGACUUUAUCUUGAGUGCCUUACCUGCCGACCGGUUUGGCUUCUUCUUUGACGAGAUUGGAAUAACUGCUAGGGUCGAUAAGCCUUGGGUCAGGGUAUUCGGAGACAUUGAGGUCACUGUGGAGCGAGCUUUUACCUUUGGCAAGCCAGGCCCCGCCGGAGGCCUUCUUAUCAGGUUGGCUGAUCGUAUGUUCAUGGUUGUCGGAUACGGCUUCCAAGCCCGCUUCAAGGGUUUGGCAAAAGGGGUUGCUUUCACCGGUCUCCAUAGUGUCAAGGAGAUGGAAAGUGACCAGGAGGGAAAGCUCCAUGUCCUGCGCAUGUUCAAUGGUGAUGAGACAAAAGGAGGCGAGGCCGUGGUUAUGCCAAAUGAGGAACCUGACUAUGGUGAUUUCCCUGUUGCGACUACUAUACCGGCUCGUACCGGCGUUGCACAAGUUGAAGUGUAUACCCUGGCAGAGGAUGCUUAA